AUGGGUCCGGCCCAGGUGGAGUUGGUGCAGUUGGCGCCGCACGAUUGGAAAAUAUUAAUAAUCAUCAUUGAUGGCUACUGGCACCAUAACAGUGGACCCAAAGACCCCCAAAGAGGCCAAAAGGCCAGGGCUAACGUUAAACGAACUCUUACCAGUCUGUCGAAGGAGGCGGACUCCCUCCUUGCAAAACCAGGAGGACUACCGGAGGACGAAUUUAGAGAUCUCGCAACAAAACUACGUGAACAUUUAGAUACUGCUAGAACAAUCAAUAAUAUCGUGAUAACAUUGAGCACAGAUGUGCUUAAUACGGCUGAUUUCAAAGAUGCCGCAGCAUUAGAAAAGGCAGAAUUUGAUAUUGAGACCACAGAGACUGCGUAUAUAGAAGAAAUAGCAGAGAACGUUUUGCCAAGAAUCCAUGAUCUCCAGCGCAAAGCUGAAGAACUUCACGCUGCCAAGCCCAAACCUGGGCCUGUGCCAACAACAACACCGUUCUUAGUACCACCCCCGCCCGCCAAAACUAUGUCAUCUAGAAUGGCUAAACUUAAGUUUCCUACAUUUGGGGGAAACAUUCGGGAUUAUCGCCAGUUUCGUCAGCAAUUUGGAAGUUUUACCAAAGAUCUUGAACCGAAUGAGAAACUGUACCAACUUGUCGAGUCAAUGGACCGCCCCCGGGAAAAGCAGAAAAUAAAGAACUGUACGUCAAUCGAUAGGGCCUGGUCCAUACUUGACAAAGAAUACGGUGACAAGGAUCGCCUUGUCGACACGCUGAUAUCAGAUCUCGAGAAAAUUGAUGUCUACCAUACCAAAGGUCAUAUAAACGUUGGCCAUAUGUCUCGAUUCGUUGAAACGCUACAGAACUUUUCGACUCAUUUCGAAUCCUUGGGCAUGACAUCCGACCUCAGUGGGCGUGUCAUGCUGACACAACUUCGUCGCAAACUACCUGAAGAGCACCACAGCGCCUUCCUCAAAGCAGCACAGGAAGGACAGGCAAAUGACACUAUCACUGGUUUACAAGACUGGUUGCAUGACCAGCUCAUGGUCCUAAGGAAGGCACGGCCACCCCCACCCACUCAGGAUCAUCAGUCACGUACACACAAAACUGAUUCAUCAACAUCGAAAACGUCAAAUUCGAUAACCAUCAACCACGCGGCCAUGACCAAGACUUCCCCUGCUGCUACAGGUGGUGCUGCUCAUACCGGUUCACAUGAGCAGGGAAAGAGGAAGUGUCCACUACACCCGCAAACAUCGAACCAUUUCAUUAAGGGAUGUAAUAAAUUCCGGGCCCUUUCCCAAACAGAAAAAUUCGACAUCAUGAACAUUAACGGGAUAUGUCACAGAUGUUGGCACGAUGACUGUGUUGCGGGAAAACCGCCUUUUGACCCGCAGAAGUGCCAGCACAGUCGUCCAUGUGCAAUUCCGGUAUGUGGUGCCGACACUCAUUUCUCAUCGAUAUGUCCGAAAGUGUACGGUACCGAUGGCUAUCGUCAUUUCGAAAUGAAGAAAAACUUAAACCCUACCAGCCUAGAGUUCAAACCCACAACGCCGAAUACCAAUGUUGGUGCUGCCAGCAUUGGGAUAAAUCAGAACAAGACUGACACUAUUUCGUGUGCAUUGCCUACUGUUAUGGGCUACCUGGUACAGGGACAGAAGAAAACUUUAGUCAGAAUCUUGCUCGACACAGGUAGUCAAGCAUCACUUAUUCGUGAAGGAAUAGUCCCGAUGCAGGGCAAGCCUUGUAUGCAAAACUUUAACCUUACCACUGUCGGUGGCAACACCGUAAAUUGCCAAUUACGCGUCGUUGAGUGUACGAUUGAGAAUCUUGAAGGAACAUUCAGUCGAAGCGUACACCUCACUGAGAUGAAGAAACCGUGUGGCAAUGUUCCCAUACUCUCUAAGAGCCAACUGGAGAGCUACCCGCAUCUGAAGUCUGUUGAUAUUGUGGGGGUUGCCAGUGAUGCCAUCGAUGUGCUGCUGGGUGUUGACAAUGGAGAUUUGUUGACGCCUGCGGAAAAGAUAUCUGGUCCUACUGAAAACGACCCCAUUGCUGCACGAUGUCCCCUGGGGUGGUAUGUGCAGGGUGGAUCUAGCCCUGCAGGGGAAAUACGUACUAAUGCCGUCACAAACUUUACGCUAGUUACUGCCACCAGUGAAAUCGAGGAUUUUCUUGGAAUUGAACACCUUGGCAUCGCACCAAAGAGAUGUAAAUGUGCUGUCGACGAGGAGAAUCGUGUAGCUACUGAGAAGAUGCAACGUAGUCUGACUGUGCUAGAUAAUGGCACUUAUCAGAUUAGUCUCCCGUGGAAACGACCCCCUUCUGAUCUGCCGAAUAAUUACGAAUAUGCAGUCAAACGUCUCCAAAACCUGGAGAAACAGUUUCGAAAGAAGCCGAAUGAAUGGGACACGUAUUGUAAACAAAUGGAUGAUCAACUUACCCGAGGUGUCGCCAGGUUCGUCCCACAGUCGGAGAUGGAUCAGGAUUUGCGCAGUGGGAAAGGAAUGUGGUUCCUGCCCCACUUCGGUGUGUUAAAGGACUCGCGUACCACGCCGGUCCGGGUUGUAUUUGAUGGUAAAGCCCGGUUCGAAGGUUGUUGUCUGAACGACUUUCUCGCUAAAGGUGACAAUAUGAACUCAAACAUAUUCGACAUCGGUUUGCGCUUUCGUGAGUAUGAAGUGGGCGUCGCCGCCGACAUAUCGAAAAUGUUCCAGUCGAUCAAACUGAAUGAAGACGACGCACGCUAUCAUCGUUUCCUGUUUAGGAAAAAACCUGAUGAACCAAUUCGGGUGUUUGAACUGACCACUGUAACAUUCGGGGAUAAACCGUCCCCAACGGCGGCCAUUGUUACACUACGUCUUGUUGUCAAAGAACACGCUCCAGAUGACCUGGACAUGCAACAGGUUGUCUCAAAUCAGUUUUAUGUCGAUGACUUAAAUGACAGUAAAUGUACUGUUAAGGAGGGACUGCAUCUAAAAACUACUGUUACCUCCACCCUUCACAAGGGUCAUUUCGGAAUGAAGGAAAUAUGUGAUCCAGAUAACGCGCCAGAUAGAAAGGCCACAGUCCUUGGGACCCGAUGGAACCUGGCCAAGGACACACUUAGUGUUAAGGAAGUCGCAUCAGAGGACUACGCCCCAUUCUCAAAAAGGUUGCAUCAUACUACGACGUGUUUGGUGUUCUCGCUGCUGUCACCAUUCGUCCAAGGAUGCUACUCCAGAAACUGUGGCAGUUUGAUCUUGGUUGGGACACUGAACUCAGUAACCACAGUGAUCUGUAUGUUGAGUGGCAAACCAUAG